UAAAAAGUACGUUGAUUUUAUUAUUUCGAUUAUCUGAAAGUAAUUCGGUGAAUUUUAUUGACGACGCGAGGACGUUUAUAAUAAAAAUUCAAUUAUUUCAACAUCUAAGCAUGUGAUCAUCCUGUAGGUGACGCCAAUGCUGGGUCAAAAGAAAAAGAGAGAGAGACUGUCUUCUGCUUUGCCUGCAGUCAUAAAAUUAUGAAUACAUCAGCUGACAUGUAUUUAUGCAGUACUGCAGUAUUAUUGUAUUCGUUGACUGUGAACAGUUAGAGUGAACUAUAAUUUAAAUUAUGCGAAAUUGAGGUUAGAAUUGAAAAGUUAUUUUCCUUCCUGCUUUGGAGACUUUUGGAUAGCUACACGAACAGCGAACAAAUAUUGUACAUAAUACUUAGAAUAAGACUCUCGUAUCUACAUGUCUGAAAAUUCAACUCGAUUAGUUAGUUCAAUAAUUUUAGAUGAAAUUGUAGUCAACUUGACUUCCGUCAAGUUUACGUCGUCCUUGCAAUGCUUCAUAUGGAGACGAAAAAUAAAGACAAAAAAAAUGUGUUGUUUACAUCUCUGAUUUCUGGAGCUGCUGCUGGAGUUGUUUGCGAUAUGGUAUUUUUUCCUUUAGAUACUCUUAAAACUAGACUACAAAGUCAACAUGGAUUUAUCAAAUCAGGUGGAUUUAAAAAAUUGUAUCAUGGAUUUGCACCUGUUAUGAUAGGUUCAGCACCAGCUGCUUCCUUAUUUUUUGUAACAUACGAUGGAAUCAAGCAUUUACUCCAGCCUUAUCUUCCAAUUCAAUAUCAUUCAAUAAUUCACAUGGGUGCUGCUUCGUGCGGCGAAUUGAUUGCAUGUUUAAUCCGAGUACCAGUCGAGGUAAUUAAGCAACGUAAGCAAGCAUUGAUCAAUGAUACAGAAACAUUGAAAUUAAGGACACUUUUUCGUGGAUAUGGUAGUACCCUUUUACGAGAUUUACCCUUUGGAUUAGUGCAAAUGCCAUUAUGGGAAUAUUUUAAACUCUGCUGGAAAAACAGAGUGUUUAGAGAAUGUACGCCGAUCGAAGGAGCUAUUUGCGGAGCAAUUUCAGUUGCAGUAUCUACAGCAAUAACUACUCCAUUAGAUGUUGCCAAAACGAGAAUCAUGUUAUCGUCGACAUCGGUCGAUGCUAAGGAAGUUCGAAUAUCAGUAAUGCUUAAACAAGUUUAUAGAAAAAAUGGAAUUCGAGGAUUAUUUGCUGGUUUUACUCCAAGAGUUUGCGGUUUUACAUUGGGUGGUUUCGUAUUUUUCGGUAUUUACGAACAAACUCGAGAAUUCUGUGAUGCAAAUUUUGUCUUUUAAACCAUACAGACUCUUAGCUUACAUAGACAGAAGACAAUGACACGCAAUACUUUAAU